UCAUAUAAUAAUCACAAGUAAACACAAGAAAUGAGCAUCAAAGCAAAAACCAGUAUUCACCAAAACUAGAAGAAUUCCGAGCUAUGGCCUCAGCAAUGUUGAAGAGAACAACAAUGAUAAAGUCAAUGGUUCAAAGCCUGAGAUCCUAUGCUUCUGUUUCUGUAGGUACUGAUCUCACAGUAGCUGCACCAAAUGUUUCACUACAAAAGGCUCGAUCUUGGGAUGAAGGUGUCUCCUCUAAAUUCUCUACUACUCCCGUCAAAGAUAUUUUCAAGGGUAAAAAAGUUGUAAUCUUUGGCCUUCCUGGUGCAUACACUGGAGUUUGUUCAAUGCAACAUGUACCUAGCUACAAGAAUAACAUUGAUAAGUUCAAGGCCAAAGGAAUCGACUCUGUGAUUUGUGUUGCUGUGAACGAUCCGUAUGUUAUGAAUGGUUGGGCAGAAAAGCUACAAGCCAAAGAAGCUAUUGAGUUUUAUGGUGAUUUUGAUGGAAGCUUCCACAAGAAUUUGGACUUAACAAUUGAUCUCUCUGCUGCUUUGCUUGGACCUCGAUCUCACAGGUGGUCAGCGUAUGUGGAUGAUGGGAAUGUGAAGGUUCUGAAUGUUGAAGAAGCUCCUUCUGACUUCAAGGUUUCUGGCGGAGACGUUAUCUUGGGACAGAUCUAGAGACUUGCUUCUGCUGCAUGUUUGUAGUUCUAAACACCUUGUUUCUCCAUUGCACGUUGUAAUUUCGGUUAAUAAAAUGUAUUAACCUAACAAUUUAAUUUGAGCUAUAUUCAGUUUCCACGUCUGGCACAUUGUUAAUCCAUGAAAAUAUCUACUACUAUUUGUUUA